AAUAGAAUGAGAGCAGUGUAGAUUGCACUCCCUUUCUCUUGGAUAAAACCAGACAGAAGAAAAUAAGGAGCGUGAAAAACCUCUAUCUUCUUCUGAUCGAUCUCUCUGGUCCUCCAUGGAAGCUUCAUCUUUCUCUACCGUUACUUCCCGCCAUUUCUCUGCUACUUCACCUUCACUUCCGCUUUGCCGAAACCUCUCGAAUUCAAAAUUCACCAGAAAGCCAACAGGCAAUUUUUCUUCUUCUUCUUCUUGGACUGGCUCGACUCACUCUGUCUUGUUCUCUUCAAGAAAUUCAUUCACUAGAAAGGUAUGGGGAGUGAUCAACUCCAAGAGCAUUGUUUCGGUUAAAAGAGAAAUGCGCGGCGUGGUUAGAGCUGAGAUGUUCGGGCAACUCACCAGUGGACUUGAGGCAGCUUGGAACAAACUCAAAGGAGAAGAUGUCUUGACCAAGGAGAAUAUCGUGGAGCCUAUGAGAGACAUCAGGAGAGCUCUUUUAGAAGCAGAUGUUAGCCUUCCUGUUGUGAGAAGGUUUGUCCAAGCUGUAAGUGAGCAAGCUAUUGGUGUUGGCUUAAUUCGAGGAGUGAGACCAGAUCAGCAAUUGGUUAAAAUUGUUCAUAAUGAACUAGUGAAACUGAUGGGAGGAGAGGUAUCAGAACUGGUUUUUGCAAAAUCUGGCCCUACUGUAAUAUUAUUGGCUGGUCUACAAGGUGUUGGAAAGACAACUGUUAGUGCUAAGUUAGCUUUGUAUCUGAAGAAACAGGGGAAGAGUUGCAUGCUGAUUGCUGGAGAUGUGUACAGACCGGCUGCAAUUGACCAGCUUGUUAUUGUGGGUGAACAGGUGGAUGUGCCUGUUUACACAGCGGGGACUGAUGUUAAACCUGCAGAAAUAGCUAGGCAAGGUCUGGAAGAGGCCAAAAAGAAGAAGGUAGACGUGGUCAUAAUGGAUACAGCUGGGAGACUUCAGAUAGACAAAGCAAUGAUGGAUGAAUUGAAAGAAGUGAAGCGGGCUUUGAAUCCCACAGAAGUAUUGCUUGUUGUGGAUGCAAUGACUGGCCAAGAAGCUGCAGCCCUUGUCACUACAUUUAACCUUGAAAUUGGAAUCACUGGUGCCAUUUUGACAAAGCUUGAUGGAGAUUCUAGAGGUGGUGCAGCUUUGAGUGUUAAAGAGGUAUCGGGAAAGCCCAUCAAGCUUGUCGGACGUGGGGAGCGCAUGGAAGACCUUGAACCUUUCUACCCAGAUCGUAUGGCAGGACGCAUAUUAGGGAUGGGAGAUGUUCUAUCAUUUGUGGAGAAGGCCCAAGAAAUCAUGCGCCAAGAAGAUGCUGAAGAAUUGCAAAAGAAGAUCAUGAGUGCAAAGUUUGACUUCAAUGACUUCCUUUCGCAAACUCGUGCGGUUGCACGGAUGGGUUCAAUGUCCCGUGUCAUUGGAAUGAUUCCUGGCAUGGGGAAGGUUACUCCUUCACAAAUUCGAGAAGCAGAGAAGAGCUCAAAGAUAAUGGAAGCAAUGAUUGAAGCAAUGACCCCAGGUUGUUUUUCCUUUAGUUUUUAGAGAAUUUAUAGAUCUUCAAAGAAUGAACUUAAGUUAGCCUCUUUAACAUCCUCUGGCAUUGCUUCCCAGUCUCAAGACACACUUCCAUUGUUCUGCAAGUUGGCAAUCUGAUUUAGGAUGCAGAAGUAACCAAGGACUUAUUGCAAGGCUUGAUCCCAUACUUUUUUGACCCCUUUCUUCUUAGGCGUGAAAUUGGUUGACUCUUGACACCUUCCUGACAGGUUUGAGAUGAAUCUUCCGAUGUAAAAGCUUAUGGAAGAUGCAGGAUAUGAAAUCAUUUUUUAUUUUCCUUGGCAUGUAUUUUCCCUUCAUUGUGAUUGUUAAGGCAAAGAAUCAGAAUUAUGUAUAUAUUUCAGUUAACCGGUAUCAGCAACACCACAAAUUUUCCUUGCUCUUGCAAAACUAAAGCAGCAUUUUACAUGGGUUUACUUGGUAUAAAUUAUGGCCAUACAGCGCAUUGGGAUGGCUUGUGCUCUAUCCUUUGCUGAUCCUGAUGGACUUGGCGGUUAUUUUCCCAUCGAUAUCAGAGUGUAACACAACCUGAUCACCUUUUGAUUUAAUAAAAGCUUGCAUGGACAUUACAUCUGAAAUGUGAGGGAACUUGUUCACCAUUUACUUAAGAAGUUUUCAGUCUAUCUUUCAUUAGUCCGUUGAAUGGUUUUGCUCGUCAAACCAUGUCUUAUUUGCCUUUCUAUUUACAGAGGAGAGGGAGAAACCAGAACUGCUAGCAGAAUCCCCUGUCAGGAGAAAGCGGGUUGCUCAAGAUUCUGGGAAAACAGAACAACAGGUUAGUCAACUUGUUGCUCAGCUUUUUCAAAUGCGUGUUCGUAUGAAGAACUUGAUGGGUGUAAUGGAAGGUGGAUCUAUUCCUGCACUGAGCAAUCUUGAGGAGGAGCUUAAAUCUGAACAGAAGGCUCCACCUGGAACUGCAAGGAGGAAGAGAAGAUCAGAAUCAAGGAAGCAAUUUGCGGACUCAGCAUCAGCUAGGCCAAGUCCUCGUGGUUUUGGGGCCAGGAAUUAAGAAGUUUCAGACUUUAUAUCAACAAAAAAAAAAACACGAGGAUACGAUAAGGACUUGUAGCUUAAUGAUCGUCAGCUCUAUGUCAUAAAUUUUGCUUGUAUUCACCUCUGAUCAUGGAACAGAGUUUGUGCAAGUUUUUCCAACCAAGAGAAUCCAUCAAUUUCUCGUGUCCAGAAAUCGUUUCCUCAAUAGUUGAUGAUGUAACUGAAGAUGAUACAGUGAUAUGAUGCCAAAUAGUUCAUUAUUGUUUCAAUUUGUUUGUAUUGUAGAAAAUGUUGAUGCGUGAAUUUUGUUAGUCAACCAUGAAUUCUGUUUCGUCAUUCUGUUUUAUGUAUGAUGCUAAAGCGUAUGGCCAGACACGUAUAUUUGGCAUGUUUUAUGUAGGACGCACAUUUCAUGGUGUUCUC